AUGGCCGACCGUUACUCGUUCUCGCUGACGACCUUCUCCCCAAGUGGAAAACUAGUUCAGAUCGAAUAUGCUCUAAACGCUGUGAACCAGGGUGUAACUGCCCUGGGAAUUAAAGCCACAAAUGGAGUAGUCCUAGCUACAGAGAAAAAGUCAUCGUCUCCCCUCAUCGACCCUCCCUCGCUCUCAAAAGUCUCCCUGAUCACUCCUGAUAUCGGCAUGGUCUACUCCGGAAUGGGCCCAGACUAUCGUGUUCUCGUCGACAAGGCCCGUAAGACGUCCCACACAAACUACAAACGCAUCUACAACGAAUACCCUCCUACAAGAAUACUUGUCCAAGACGUCGCUCGUGUUGUACAGGAAGCUACCCAGUCCGGUGGUGUCAGGCCCUACGGCGUAAGCUUGCUAAUCGCCGGCUGGGACGACGGCAUUGAGCCAGAGACCGCGGAAGCAAAGGAAGGCGAGACAGAUGCCGAGAAGAAGAAGGCUUCGGGCAAGACAGGCGGCAUUUUGAAGGGCGGACCCAGCUUGUACCAGGUCGACCCUAGCGGAAGCUAUUAUCCAUGGAAAGCUACAGCGAUUGGAAAGAGCUCCACGAGCGCGAAGACGUUCCUUGAGAAGAGGUACACGGAGGGUCUAGAGCUGGAGGAUGCGGUGCACAUUGCUCUUUUGACGCUCAAGGAAACAAUUGAAGGUGAAAUGAACGGUGAUACCAUCGAGAUCGGUAUUGUUGGCCCGCCAGCACACCACUUGCUCGGGUACGAAGGCGUUGAAGGCUCUCGAGGCCCGCGGUUCAGAAAGCUCAGUAAGGAGGAGAUCGAAGAUUACCUGACCAACCUAUGA